GUCAGCCCCGCCGCUUGUCAGGAUCAGAGCUCCACACACACCGACAACAAACACAUACACACACUCCCUCUCCGAGCCGGACAGCACAGCCCCUGGCCCGGCAGCCCGGCAGUGGAGGACACAUCCAGGCUUCCAGGCGCCGCAGCCCGCUGUGACAGUGGACCUAACAUCGCCUUACUUUGUGGACAUGGGAGACAUGGGGGAUCCGCCGAAAAAGAAGCGGCUGGUAUCUCUGUGCGUGGGCUGCGGGAACCAAAUCCAUGACCAGUACAUCCUGCGGGUCUCCCCGGACCUGGAGUGGCACGCCGCCUGUCUCAAAUGUGCCGAAUGCAGCCAGUACCUGGACGAAUCCUGCACGUGCUUCGUCCGGGACGGAAAGACUUACUGUAAACGGGACUACAUCAGGUUGUACGGGAUUAAAUGCGCUAAAUGCAACAUCGGCUUCAGCAAGAACGAUUUUGUGAUGAGGGCCCGCUCCAAAGUCUACCACAUCGAGUGUUUCCGCUGCGUGGCUUGCAGCCGGCAGCUCAUCCCGGGGGACGAGUUCGCUCUGCGGGAGGACGGGCUCUUCUGCCGGGCCGAUCACGACGUGGUGGAACGGGCCAGCCUGGGCCCUGGAGACCCGCUCAGCCCGCUGCACCCCGCCAGACCGCUGCAGAUGGCAGCAGAACCAAUCUCGGCCCGGCAGCCCGCGCUGCGGCCUCACGUCCACAAACAGCCGGAGAAGACCACCCGGGUCCGGACGGUGCUAAACGAGAAGCAGUUGCACACACUGCGGACUUGCUACAACGCCAACCCGAGGCCCGACGCCCUUAUGAAGGAGCAGCUGGUGGAGAUGACCGGCCUCAGCCCGCGGGUGAUCCGGGUCUGGUUCCAGAACAAGCGGUGCAAGGACAAGAAGAGGAGCCUGCUGAUGAAGCAGCUGCAGCAGCAGCAGCCCAAUGACAAGACGAACAUCCAGGGAAUGACGGGCACCCCGAUGGUGGCGGCCAGUCCGGAGCGGCACGACGGCGGCAUCCAGGCCAACCCGGUUGAGGUGCAGAGCUACCAGCCGCCCUGGAAGGUCCUGAGCGACUUCGCCCUGCAGAGCGACAUCGACCAGCCGGCCUUCCAACAACUGGUCAGUUUCUCGGAGGGAGGACCGGGUUCGAACUCUACGGGCAGCGAGGUAGCGUCCAUGUCGUCUCAGCUUCCAGACACGCCGAACAGCAUGGUAUCCAGCCCCAUCGAGGCCUGAGCAGCCGCCGCGUGGACGGACUGAACGGACUGAACUGAACACACAGACCCCCCCCCCCCCAAUCCCACCCUCCCCUCGACUGCACCAACAACCCCCCUGGUUGUAUUUUGACACUGUGAAGACAAUCAUGGGAUUUUACCACAGCCACACAUUCUUAUGUCCAUCCAGCAGAGACAGACGGAUGCGUCAUCAUGGCCGGUGCUGCACGUUCACACGCCUGGUUACAGUUGCCAAAACGAGAAGACAUGACUCCAUCGAUACAUGGGACCUCUGAGUAGGAGACUAAUCUAAAUCCUAUACUUGCGAAAUGCUGUGCGCUACUUUGAAUAGAAAACUGGUGUUUUCUUUUUCUUUUUUUAUAAUUCGAUCCACGCACCUCAUCAUAUAAUAGACCAUUCGGAUGGGAACAGCACUGCUUUUCUUCAUUUAAUUACACGAUUUCCCUCAUGAUCCGAAAGCAUUUGCAACAAGGUAUACCUCUAUUUUGCCACAAGCUUCGUGGGACAUUUGUGUGAAUCAGUGUCCGUCCGAGAAUAUUUUUUUUCUUUCCCAAAGAUGUGUAUAAUUAAUCAUAAGUUAAAAAUACCGUUAGCUCUGGAAGAAAAUGUUUCGUUUGUUCCCGUGCAACAAAAUUAUUUAUUAUUUAUUGUCGACAAAUUUGCCACCUUUUGUGUAACUUUCUUAACUGAAGUAAAAAGAAACAAAAAAGACUGGAGUUUGGUCUGUCGGUUUCUAUCACAGUUUAAUGUUUUGAGUUAUUAUUAUUUCUUAAAUCAUUUACAAAAGAGGACAGUUUGACUAUCUUUAAUUGUUUUUUCCCUCUCGUUGUGAACAUUCACACAUGAGGCGGAACAUCAGAUCUAUUAAAUGGCUUGAUGGAUAUGCUGUGGUUAAUUGGGUGUCAUGUUGGUGCAGAUGCUGUCUCAGUUUACCUGCUGGCUGACUACCUGCUUUACAACAAACUCCACUGCAGAAACAUCUUCGUCUUAACAAAACUUCUGACGCCUAAAAUCGAAUUUUCUUGAAACAAAGUGAUCAAAUAUGACAGUGAAAUUCGAUGAUAUUAAAUUGAUGAGUUCCUCUCAUGGACUAUAUUUGGAACCAAAUGUCAUUAUCUUGAUUUGCCACCAUUCGUCCUUAUGGUUACAGGACAGAAAUGUUGUUUGAGAAUAUUCUAACACAAUGGAAACUGCUCUGAGAACAAGUACAAUAAUUUUAAAACAAUGGCAACAUUUUUUCUGUUUUCAGUGCAAUCUGAAAUGAAAUGACUUCAGAUAUUCCUGGCUCUGUGGCUUUUUGCCAUCAAACAGCUGAUGUAAGUAGAAAUAUCAAACAUGACAAUUAUUAGUAAAAUAUAGUCUGAGUUUAGGAUUUAAAUUAAGUGUGACCUUUCUGUCCCCAGGAAUAAUAUACACUGUAAAAAAAUAUCCAACUUUAAAAAAUGAAGUGUACAAUUUCCAUGCAUCUUUUUAAGUAGCUUCAGUGCUGGCUUUACUGAGUCAAUCCUAUGAGUUUUUAUAAUCCGACAAACUGUUAGUUUAGUGCAAUUAAUACGGUUUAACUUGACCUCAAACAAUUAAGUUAAACCAACUUAAUAUUUAUCUAAAAGUUGUGGUGAUGUUUAUGGGUCAAAUUAUUUUAAUUAAUAUAUUCUAACUUAUUUAUUUCAAUUCCACCCUACUCAAAAAUAUCAACCAUGCCGUUGAUUUUGACCAACUUCUUAAAAUAAGUUGUCAGUUGAUUAAAACACUUUAAUGUAAACAUUUUUAUGAUGAAAACUUAUUUAUUUUAAGAAUUAUCCACAGACACCUUAUUUUUUUGUGAGUGUUGAUUACGAUUUUUAUUUCAAAGUUUUGUCAGAAGGUGCUGUUUCGUUUCUUUAGCUAUAAAAUAGAAGAAUAUUUGACAGUUAGCAUGUUCAAAUUUGGCUCCUCUGAUCCUCAGUGUAAUGUUAACCAUAAGUGCCACAACCAUUUUUUUCUUUUGCUUUAUGUUUUAUCAGAUAAUGUUUCAAUAUGUGUCAAAAAGCAGGUUUUGAACAGUGUUUCAAUUUGUUGGUGUGUGUGACUGUGUGCGCUGACAGAUUUAUAGGAUUAGUGUGUGCAGUCCUCAUCCCGAGCGUUCAAAACACGUCAUUAAUUUGAAUGCAGAAGCUGAACACUCUCUGCAAGUUUGGGAUUGUUCAUUGAAAUAUGGUGAAAAAAACCUCAGAGUGACAUGACUUGAUUUCAUUCUGUCAGUGAAUCCUUUUCACUGUUGCUCUGUUUAAUGCUGCCUGAUUCAUUCCACAGCGCCUCAGUCUACCUCCUGUCCUGGGAGCUUCUGUGCAGCAACAUGUCUGUAGCUUCCAUGCAUCUUACCUGGAACUGACUUUAUAACCAAAGAUGACUAAGUGUGUUAGAAUUGUUGGACUUAUUGAUUAGUUGAUCUAAUUGAAAAAAAAAAAAAACUGUCAAAUUGUGUCUGCAGAUAUGCACUCAUGAGGGGAAUCUUACAAUCUAGCACAUAUUACAGACCAAAUUAUAUUUGUAAAUACUUAGAGCAACACAAAUUACCCACAUAUGUCAUAGUUGUUUCAAGAAUUUCCUCCCCUCCCGGAAUUGAGCAAGUGAAGGCUUUUAAAAAGGAAAUAAGCUGUUUUUGUCAUGUUAUCUUUACUGCAGCUGAUGAUAAAAUACAAAUUCCAUUGUGUUGCAGAAAAAACAAGACUAUUAAAAUUAAGAUUACA